AUGGCUCUACUGAUGAAUUACUGGAUGUGUGUGGUUGCUCUUUCAUUCACCGUGACCUCGAGCCAAGCCUUAAGAAGGAUCUCCUUGAAGAAGAUGCCAUCUAUCAGAGAGACACUGAGGGAGAUGGGUGUUCCCGCAGAGCAGGUUUUGACUGAACUGACCCAGAAGAUCACAGAUGACAACAACGGCACUGUUCCCACACCUCUAACCAACUACCUGGACACUCAGUACUUUGGGGAAAUCAGCAUCGGCUCUCCAGCGCAGAUGUUCAACGUGGUGUUCGACACAGGUUCAGCCAACCUGUGGGUGCCCUCGCAAAGCUGCUCACCUUUCUCCACAGCCUGCUUUACUCACAACAGGUACGAUGCCUCCAGAUCUCGGACUUACGUUGAAAACGGAACCGGAUUUUCCAUCCAGUACGCCUCCGGAAACGUCAGAGGAUUUCUGAGCGAGGACGUGGUUGUGGUUGGUGGCAUCCCUGUGGUGCAGGUGUUUGCUGAAGCAGCCUCUUUGUCUGCCAUGCCAUUUAUCUUUGCCAAGUUUGAUGGAGUCCUGGGGAUGGGUUACCCCAACGUGGCCAUUGAUGGCAUCACCCCCGUGUUUGACCGCAUCAUGUCCCAGCAUGUCCUCAAGGAAGAAGUGUUCUCUGUCUACUACAGCAGGGACCCAAAACACUCUCCAGGUGGAGAGCUGGUCCUCGGUGGCACAGACCCAAACUACUACACGGGAAACUUUAAUUAUUUGGACACCAGAGAGACGGGCAAAUGGGAGGUGACCAUGAAAGGUGUUUCUGUGGGGAUGGAGAUGAUGUUUUGUGCCGAGGGCUGCACAGCCGUGAUAGACACCGGCUCCUCCUACAUCACAGGCCCCGCCUCUUCUGUGUACGUGCUGAUGCAAACCAUUGGAGCACAGCUGGAUGAAAGCGGAUACAAAGUCAACUGUGACACUGUCAAGACACUGCCCAGUGUCACUUUCCACCUGGGUGGCCAGGAGUACUCCCUCACUCAUGAGGACUACAUCUUAUGGCAAUCACAGAUCGAAGGGGACGUCUGCACCGUCACCUUCAGGGGCUUGGAUGUGCCGCCCCCUACAGGUCCCAUCUGGAUUUUGGGAGCCAACUUUAUCGCUCGCUACUACACAGAGUUUGACCGUCGCAAUAAUCGGAUAGGGUUUGCUACGGCAGUCUGACGAGAAGUUAAUCAUCAGCCAUGUUUCAUUCUUUUUUUUCUUCUAUCUUUGCUGCUAGCUUCUAUUUGUCCAGUCAUCUUUUUAGUUGCUUUUUGUGAUAACUCAUGAUAAAAAUGCAUCUGUUUUAUAAAAAUGGUAAAGAAGAGUGAACAUUUGGGAAUAUCAUCCUCCCAUUUCUUGCAAGGUCCUGCUUUCCAAUAUUUUGUACCAGUUGCACUGAACACUAAACUUUUAUUUUUAUUUAUAAGCAUUUUUACGGAAGAGGAAUGCAUUCACUUAAGAAAAAAUAUUUGGCUUGCAGAAGAAUUAAGAUAAGCAUCACAAGAAUUCCGGGAAAAACUCUCCCAGGAAGAAAUGCAUUGGUUUAUCUGGGGGAAGAAACUGAAAUAAUUAUCUCAUUCUUUUCAGAAAAACUUGGAUAAUUAUUUUUUUAAAACAGGUUUUUUUCCCCAACAUUAAACUGUUUCUCAGAAUUAUGAGAUUCAUUGAUUCAUUCAAAAAUAUAGGGCAAUUUUUCCCCAUGAAAUUCCAUGAAUGCAUAACACUUCCAUACAUUUUCCAGCAAUUGCAAAGUAUCUGUGUGUG